CAUACAUGCUGCAAAUAAUACCUCGACUGCUGGUGAAGGCUACCAGGUGGGUCAGAUAGUCAAGAACCAGCGGCGGCUGCAGCGGCAGUGUAUUCAAAGCAGACGACUCGUUAGCUCGUUUCGUGCUCGCCCAGCGUUAAGUGAUCUGGCUGACUGCAACAUAGUUCAGCAGCUGGAAUACUCUCCUUUCAAGCUGUCUCCCAGCUUGCUUUAUCAUCCUCAGCUCAGGUGUAUAUCAAGGUGCUGCACGAGUUCUGCUUUGUGGGAGAAAGCACUUGGGAGCAAUGGUGUUGACUGCCCGAGCCACCUCUCCAUUCCAGAGAGCAACUAGAGCUUCAACAGGAGUGCCUGCUAUACCAGCUGGAAAAUCCCCCACAGUCCUCAGAAACGGACCUUCUCUGGAUGCUCUAACAGAAUGUCGCACCAUCAUGUGAUUUGCUCAACAUACUGAUCUUCAGAACAUUUACGCCAUUAUACCAAGAAAACAGAGAAUGUGUUGAAAGACAGGCUUGUGUGGACCAUUUCUAGGAGGGUCUAUUCAUUAUGUUCCUGGGAUCUAAGAAGAAAGGCCUAUACCUGUCUAGUGUGGUGCUACUUCAGAAGAUGCAGAAAAAACAGAACUGCAAGUUACAAAUAACACGAAUGAGGUUCUUGUUCUUCACUUAAACUUAGACCUUUAGCAAAGCUAAACAUUAAGAAAGGACUGAGUGAACAAGAUCUGGAUGCAGAAGAACAAAAAUAUUAACGUCUCUUACAUCUGAAAAACAAGACGACUCAUCUGACUGGUAAUCUGAAGACUUCAAAAGCAAAUUCUUCUGAAACGACAUGAAUACAGAUAGUGGUGGGUGUGCUCGCAAACGUGCUGCCAUGUCUGUCAAACUAACUGCCGUGAAGAGAGUUCAGAGUUCUCCAAACCUAUUUACCGCAGGACUUGAUUCUCUGUCUCCAGAUUCAGCAAAAGGCUUUCGAAGUGUCCGGCCAAAUCUACAGGAGAAGAAAUCACCAGCUCAGGCACCCCCACUACCUCCUAGGAAAGAAAGUUUUGGUAGAUCUGGAAUAACUAAUCACAAAAAGAAUGAAAUUAACUCCCGGUCCAUAACCACCAAACAAACAAAAAAAUUUCCUCCUGAUGCUGACUACUAUACUAACAAGGAGUCUGUUCGGAGGACAGUUUAUGCUAAAAAAGCUAACACGAGUGUGUCUUACACACAAAAACUCACCAAGCCUUUGGCCUCAGUUUCCAGCACAAAAACAAUAGCUGGUAUUAGAACUACAAUUCAUCAAGGCCACAAACAGCAGUCUCAAAAACGUAGAGUCUCUGCCCUGAAAUUAACUCGGGCACGAAAUGUAUCCAGUAGUGUUCCUUGUCGUACACAGCAACAGCCUCUGCCUAUUGAAACAUCAGUAACUCCACAGAGGCCUGUCUCACCUGCCUGUCACCCUGUGCCUGAGAUACACAAAGCAUCUCUCUCAAUUCAGAUAGUACCCAUCCCUGAUAAUAAAGCAGAGCCUCAAAGCCAACAUCAUCCACCUAGGCUUUCUCCAGACACUUCAAAGAUGCCUCCAAACAAUAUGCAACACAUGUCUACAGUUCCUUCUGCACAGUCCACAGAAUGCAAUGUGCUCGGAAACCAGAAAGUAACUGCCAAUGUGAUGGAGGUAAAUGCUUCACAGACACACAGACAAACUUCAACCGAAGCUUCGCCACUGCCUCCUUCACCUCCUCCUUCCAUGGUAUCGAUUAACAGACCCUCUCUCUCACCUGACAGUGCCGCCCACGUAGCAUCAUUUAUUUUGCCACCACGUGAUGAUUUUUGGCCUUCACGCUUUUAUAGAACCCUGGCCCUUUCACGUUUUUCAUAUACAUACCCUUUCCUAGCUCCUGACAGCACUAUCCACAGGACUGAAACAGCUUCUGUUAUGACAGACUCAGCCAUGAGCGAGUACUCCUCUCACACAGUGAGCGAGUCCUCCACUGCCAUUCUAGAUGAGCUACAGAGUUGUAACUAUGAUACUACUGACCGUUCUGAAACACCUUCCCCAACUUUGAGCCAGAUGUCUGUCGUGUCAGAUGGCACCACCUUAACCACCACUGCUGCCGGCUCUCAUGCUCAGAUAACAGUGAAUGGAAAUUCUAGUUCUGCUGCCAGCCCCAUGAGCUACUUUCAGAGACCUUUCUCCCCUUCAGCAUACUCCCCACCAGCCUCACUCAAUUCAAGCACAGUUGUUCUGCAACACAGCAGGACAAUGGAAUCCACGGAGACAUACUCACAGCAUGCCCAUUCUGUUGGCGGCAGCAGCACCCCCAGCAGUACAAUACCAAUCUGUAGAACUUCAGAAGAAGAGAAGAAAGUCACAGUCAUUAAAGCACCACAUUAUGCAGGGAUUGGCCCAGUAGACGAGUCAGGAAUCCCAACCGCAAUUAGAACGACAGUUGACAGACCAAAAGAUUGGUAUAAGACAAUGUUCAAGCAAAUCCACAUGGUUCACAAGCCUGAUGACGACACAGACAUGUAUAAUACUGCAUAUGCAUAUAAUACUGGUAACUUCAGCCCAUCCUUUUCUACUCAAGCACAUCCUGCUGCGAAGACUCAGACAUACAGGCCACUGACAAAAAGUACUUCUGACAAUGGCACCGAAUCCUUUAAGGUUUCAUCCCCUGUACCUCCACCCCCUCCUGUACCACCAGUCCGUCCACGGCAAAGAUCUGCACCAGAGAAAAAUGACUGGGAUCCCCCUGAUAGAAAAGUAGACACACGCAAAUUCCGUUCAGAACCAAGGAGUAUUUUUGAAUAUGAGCCAGGGAAAUCCUCCAUCCUUGAACAUGAAAGACCGACUGGUCGCAUAAACCCAGAUGACAUAGAUUUAGAAAAUGAACCCUGGUAUAAAUUCUUUUCAGAGCUGGAGUUUGGACGCCCGCCUCCUAAAAAGCUUUUGGAUUAUGUUCAAGACAAUCCUCCAGGUCUUUCUAAUGAGACUUCCUUAUACUAUAGUCCAGCAGACAGAGGCUUGGACAGACCAUCGAGUUCUGCAAGUACUGCAAGUGACUACAGGAAAAGGAGGAAGUCAGAACCUGCAGUAACUCAUCAAAGGACACACACUGAUCAUAAUGCAAGCCGGACAAGUCUGGGCCGUACAGAUACACAGAGCACAUACUCCACCCUUAGGAAACCUGUUACUAGCUCUUCUCCAUCUUCUCCAUCACGAGCAAAAGGUGGGGAAAUUAGCAAAGUAUAUUCAUCCCUAUCCAGUUAUUCAGUGCCCAACCAUAACACCUCAAAUGAAUUAGAUUGCUGUAGAAACUACGGACAGCGCUUGGCUGUUCCAAAUGACUCAAGAAGGGCAAUCAGCUACAAGAAUGGUUGGCAAAUGUCCCGUCAAAAUGCAGAAGUCUGGAGCAGCACGGAAGAGACUUCCUCUCCAAAGCGGAAAUCUCGUAGCUGUGAUGACUUACUGGCAGAUGAUCACUGUAGCUUUCGCGACCCACAGAAUAAGUCUGAAAGCAUGGUAUCUCUGUUAUGUGAAGAAGAUUCCAAAAGUGGUUCCUCACUUACCUGGGCCUCCCCAUAUGCUUCUGAGAGCCGUGGUUCCAGUAGAUCAAGAGCGCGUCAAAGAUCUGCACACGAUGCCCCUGGAUUUCUAAAAAUGUAUAAGAGAAUGCACCGUAUCAAUCGCAAAGACUUGCUUAAUUCAGAGGUUAUUUGUUCUGUAAAAUCCAGGGUAUUACAGUAUGAAAAAGAACAGCACAAAGGCCUGCUACAGGAUUGGAAAGAAUCCUCCACUGAGGAGGUACCCAGAGACAUGGUGCCCAACAGAAUAUCUGAGUUUGAAAAGCUAAUUCAGAAGUCAAAAUCGAUGCCAAAUUUGGGUGAAGAAGCAUUAUCAGCAGUAACCCUUCUUGAGCCCACUAAAAAUGGCUUAUGUGGAAAGAGGAGAUUUUCUAUUGAGUCGUUGCUGGAGGAGGAAAAUCAAGGUAGACAUGCUGCUCAGGUACAAAGGAAUUGCAGAUCUAAAACUCUGGUGCCAAUUCAUAUUGAAGUAACCAGUGAAGAGCCACAAAGAUCACAUAUGGAAUAUUCAGACAGUGACCAAGAUGGGGUGGUUUCAGACCUCAGUGACUUCAUACAAAUAGAGGGUUCAUCUUUUUGUAGUGAAAGUGAUUUUGACCACUUUUCUUUUACAUCUUCUGAAAGUUUUUAUGGAUCAGGUCACCACCACCACCACCACCAUCACCAUCAUCACCACCACAAGCAUCUCAUCAGCUCCUGCAAAGGGAGAUGUCCAGCAUCUUACACCCGCUUCACUACAAUGCUAAAGCAUGAAAGGGCUAAACAGGAAACUACCCCAGAAGACCCUAGAAGGCAAGACUUGGACUCUGGUCUCUCUAAGAUAGCAUUCCUAGUCAGCCCAGUGCCUUUCCGGAGGAAAAAAACUGCAGCCCCCAAAAAGCAGACUGAAAAGACUAAAAGCAAAUCAUCUGUCUUUGAUGCCUUGGACUCUGCUCUUAAAGACAUCUGUGACCAAAUCAAAGCAGAAAAAAGAAGAGGAAGCUUGCCUGACAACAGCAUAUUGCACAGACUUAUUUCUGAGCUACUUCCAGACAUUCCUGAAAGGAAUUCUUCCCUUAAAUCUCUUAGAAAGAGUCCGAAGCACCAGCCUUUUCAUCCACUGCCUCAAGAUGGUGCUGUUCAUUGCCCAUUGUACCAGAAUGAAUGUGGAAGAUUACCUCUUAGUGCCUCUUACCAAGACAUGGAUACCACAAACAACGGCAGCCAAGAAAAUGAUAAUGCACUGUGUUUCCAAGUAGACCAGGGGUCUCCUGGGAACUAUUCUUCAGCUUUCACUGAUGUGGGCCGAUGCACUCCAAAGGAAAGAAGAGGAACUCCAGAGAAAGAGAGACAGCCAGCUAGAGCUGUAUAUGAUUUUAAGGCUCAGACCUCUAAGGAGCUGUCCUUUAAGAAAGGAGAUACUGUCUAUAUCCUCAGGAAAGUGGAUCAAAACUGGUAUGAGGGCGAGCACUAUGGAAGAGUUGGAAUUUUUCCUAUUUCUUAUGUUGAGAAACUUAUUCCCCCAGAAAAAGCACAGCCAGCUCGGCCACCACCCCCAGCACCUAUUGGAGAGAUUGGAGAAGCUGUUGCCAAAUAUAACUUCAAUGCUGAUACAAAUGUGGAAUUGUCACUGAGAAAGGGAGACAGAGUAAUUCUCCUCAGACGAGUCGAUCAAAACUGGUAUGAAGGCAAACUACCGGGAAUCAACAAACAAGGCAUCUUCCCUGUGUCCUAUGUAGAAGUCAUCAAAAAGAAUGCAGGCAAAGGUGCUGAUGACUACCCUCCAAUACCCCAGAGUUUCUCCAGUGAGCGAAUACACCAUUCAAGUUCAAUGAAGUUGGAUUCCAAAGCAUCAUCCCCUCCUCUCAGAUACCGGUCCUCUCCUUGUCCAGAUUCUAAUAAAGGGAAUCUUCAGGCUAUCACCGAUGAAUGGUUGUCACUGACGCUUGGCUUUUCACCUUCAAGCACACCUUCCCCUUCUCCUCCACCUUUUCCUAAAAGCUUUAUUUCUGAUUUAGAGGAACCCAGCUCUCUAGCUUUAACAGGUUUUCAGAGUGCACCAAAACUCCCAGAAAAUAUCAGUCCUCAAGUAAAGCAUGGCCAUUUUGUUCCAAUUACCUCACCAAAGGCCUCCCUCUCCUUUCCUGAAUCUUCAACUUCACCUCAGUCAUUUUCUUCAUCUACCUGUAAAUCACCUCCUCCAGCAACCCAGUUUCAUGGCAGAGCACAUAAGCCUGUCACCAAUGGUAUAAACCUGAUUGAAAGCAAAUGUUGCAAUUUUGAAGAUAUGAGAGGAACCCCCACUGUCAAGGAAAGGAAAAUCUUAUCAGACAGUACUCCAGAAGUGUGUGAAAUGACAGGCACUACUCUUACUCUCUCCAAAGAAGACCCAUUAUUCAGAACACAAAUGGAGAAAGAUGAACAGGAAGAAGAAAUCUGUGAAGAGCUGCUGUCAAUAAUCCAAGGGGGUCAGUCAAAAUGUAAAGAUUCAGGUUUCUACAGACGUGCCCCUGAUGUAACUGAACAACUGGCAAGGCUUCAUAUAGAGGAAGAGCCAGGCCAUGACAAUUUAGAGUCACCAAUAACAAUUGGGAGAGAGCCUAUGGUAUCUUAUGAAGGGGACAGUUCACCAGAAACUAAAAAAGAGCCAACUUCACUUUCCCAUGAGAUGCAAGUGCCUUCCACUUCUCCUUCCUGCCUUGCUUCUACUCCUCCAUUUCACUCAACCAAAGCAUCUGUCUCAGAAUGUGUCUCUACAUCUUCCAAGUCAUCUGUUACCUAUUCGCCCCCUCUCCUUUCCAAACUGUCGUACAGGCAGGAGAAAAAGUCACCAAAGUUAAAGGCCGAUUUAAAAAGAGAGAUCUUUGUCAUCGGCAAACCUCCUCGUAGCCCUGUUAUGACAAGGAGAUCUUGCGGCUCACCUGUCAGAGGGCACAGCUAUUCACAUAGGCCACAGCGCCCUGUAUUUGCUCAUGAAAUACACAGUGGGGGGGAACCGUUUCAGGUUCUGUAUAACUAUACUCCUAGGAACGAAGAUGAACUGGAGCUCAGAGAGGGAGAUGUCAUUGAUGUGAUGGAAAAGUGUGAUGAUGGAUGGUUUGUGGGAACCUCCAGAAGAACAAAAUUCUUUGGUACUUUCCCUGGAAACUAUGUCAAGAGGCUGUGAAAUUUUGUUGUUGUUGUUUUUCCUAUUUAUUUAUGCUGCAUCUCUGCAACACAUCUGCAUAUAAAGCUGCUAGAAAAAACAUGCUCUACCAGCCUUCUGUUUUCCUGCUUUGCAGUUCCAAGUAGAAGCCAUCUAGUUCAUCUUCACCAUCCCCAUCUUCAUUCGCUCGCCAGCAGUAUUACUGUAACCGCUACGAUGGGGUAACUGGGCUUUUAUGAAACAAGAGGAAUUAGUUCUACAUUUAGUACAUUUUUGUGUGCAUUAAAUCUUUUCCUUCCCCUGCCAAUUUGAAACAUGCAAAUAAGAAAAAUUUUAAUGCAAGGUAUAUUGUGACACUUCAAGGAAUUACCCAUAUUAUUUGAGGGUAUUUACUACACUAUCCUUAAGAAAAAUAAUCAGCUCUCACCUCCUUUAAUAGAGCAGGUUGUUGUUUACUACUUUUUAACUGUUGUUUAAGGUUUCACAUUCUUUUUGCACUCAGCAGCAUAUGUUGCUUUCAAUUUGGUGUGUCACAAGUUUGCUUGUUUUACCCAUUUGUGAUAUACGAUAAUGACUAAAAUAGCUUCCAUCCCUUUGUGGUUCUUAAACCAUACACGUGGUUCUUAAGUUUCAAGCAGGUAUAGUUAAUACUGGGACAUUCAAUAAGCUAUUAUUUCCAACAAUAUUUCAAAGAUUUCAUGAGGUUGGACUAAUCUGCACUUAGAAAUUGGGUCAUUGGUUAAAUCUCUUUUUUACAGCCAAGAGCAGCUUCAGAUAUGAAUGAUAUAUGCAGAAAGAGGAAGCCUAAGCUGCACUUCCUGUAUCUGUGCAUGUUUAUGUCCAGGGCCGUAGCUAGGGGAGAGGGCCCGUGUUCAUCCCUCUCUCGGGUGGCCCCCCAGAGUGAGGGAGACAAUGAAGAAAAUAGGGAGGGAUGGAGCUCGAGGGCCCUCAGGAGCUGGGAGCCCGUGUUCUUUGAACCCUUUCGUUCAAUUAUAGCUACGCCCCUGUUUAUGUCUGAAGCAUUGAUGUGGGCAUCUGUCUCUGGGAGAAAUGGAUGUUUCAGUGCAAUGCAUGUAUCUUUCCACAGGGAAAAUGUGCAAACUCCCACAUCAUACAUCAAUCAUGUGCAUGAAUAAAGGAAACAUGAGUGAGUCACACUUUCUGUAAUCAUAUAUAUUAAUGUCCUAAACUGAGUUGUGUGCAUCUGUACAUUGGGAGACCUGACUACUCCCAUUUGCAAGUACAGCAAUGAUAUGAACAAUUAGAGGAAGCUCAACUUGCUCAUGCAGCCUAUAGCUGUAGAUGUCUUUAACAUCUGAAACUUAUCCAAAGGAAAUAAUGAUAACUGCUCGUCAUCAAGGAAGCAGAGAAAGCAAAAAUACUGGGAAAUAAUGAAAAAAUAUUGAGCAAGCCAACAGUAAAACUGUUGAUAUCAUACAUUUCUCUACUAUAUCAAAAAUAGGCACAACAGAGCAUCCAAAAGUUUAGUAUUCAAAAUUUAUCUCAUAAAGUUUCAGCAACAAAAAAGCAAUGUUAGUACAAGGUUUUAUUGUAACAUAGUCACUGGAAAAAUUAUCCACAGAAAGUAUCACGUAAUGCUAUUAUUUUGUUACAUGUUUGUGCAUAAAUUAACACACCUGAAUUAUAUUUUCUUCCUAGCAAUAUAGCAUUAAAACAAAGAAAUAGAAGGGCAUAAGCAUUAAAACUGGUAUAUCUGGGAGGAUUUUUACUGAUGGUAUAGCAUCAAAUAUUUGAACACAAUAUUUGUUUUCCUUAUGUAUGAUGGAAAACACAAGACUUACCACGUCUAUGGUUUUAUGCAAAACAAUCCAGUUUUGGUUUUGCUGGCACCUUAUAGAAGGCAAAAAACAAACAAACCUUUUACUGCAUUUUUUGUGGUAAAGGACAGAUCUCACAAAUGUUUGUAGUCUUGUAGCAUUUUGUACAUAUGUUUGCUUUUUUGUACAGAGCCAUUUUGUUGAUUUUUUUGAAGAAAAAAAAAAUCAAAUUGCUUAUUUGACCUUCAACGUCCCCCAUUCCAUUAAUAAAACGUCAUUUUCCCAUUUUCUUUUCUUACGCCUCUCAUUUAUAAGCACAUUUGGAUAGUGCAAUUCUGUAAAAUAGCAUUUUAUGCAAAGGUUUUAUGAAUUAUAAUAUGGUUUUACCAGCCAAAUCUUUAAAAAAUGUACAUAUGUCUUUAUUAUGGAGAAAUGUCAAUGACAGUUAAAGAAACAUCUUUGUGCAGCAUACCUUUAUUACCGCAAAUUUCAUGGCAAAAGCUUUAUAUAUUUCAAAGGCUUUCCAUUAUAAACUAGAUGUGCAUGCAGCUUUGCUGUGAGAUGAAUACCUAUCUUUGAUGCCAUUUAUGAUGGAAGACAAAUGUCUGUUGCCUGUGAUAUUUAAAAAAAGAGAACACUUUCUACUCUGUAUCUGAUUUUAAUAGAAUACGUUUUUCAUACCUGGCUUUCAGGUACUUGAUUUUGAAUUCUUACAUGCAAAAGGUGUAUGUGUGUUUUUCCCCCCUUGAAUAGACUUCUAAUAAAAUUUGCUUGAGUACA